ACCGGGGCCUGCCGGUGUAACUGCUUACUGACUAUACACUGUGAUGUUAAUGAUUGUAGUGGAUUUACUUGCGCAUUAGUUCUAUUAGCUAUGUUGACUAGGAUGUUACUUUAGCAAAUAUGGGGACAACGGUGUAGGCUGUGUGUAGUGGUUAUGGCAUGGUUUGGCUUGGAAAGGUUUUUUCGCCUGGUCACAUACAGCUGAUGUGUUGUUCAUUGAAGUCCACAAACGAAGGGAAAAGGUGAGAGGAGGAGAGUGCAUUGAGGAGAGAAGGAAUGCAAUGUGGGUGCUAUGAAAGUGAACUGUGUUUAUGCGUGAUCAGAGUAUUCAUUCCGCCGAAUCUGUUGCAAAACGUUUAUUAAACGGAAGCAAACGACACAGGGGGAAAAAAAUCUGAAUUUUAGACUAACUGUUGGACUAAUGAUUACACCCUGGAUAAGCUAGAUGCAGGCAAGAGUGUGCAAGGCGGUAUUGAAUGUGCCACUGUCUCUCCAUGCCACUGCCACUGUCUGUCCAAAAUUCACAAAUCUAGUGGAGGAAGGGGCAGUAGAAGAGCAGCCAUCUUGUGAGAAAAGCUGGUACCUCAUCGAUGGGGAAUUCCAGAGACAUAACUAGCAGGCCUUGCGCCGUAUCUUCGCAUGAUCUGGUCUUGUGUGAAUUUCACAAAAGAUUCGUAUUGUUCUGCAAGUUUUGUGUUGAAGAUCUGUCAUCAGGAUACAGUCUGUCAUCUACAUUUUUUCUCCCAACCUGUGUGCACCUACAUUGUAAACUUUAAUUCAUAGGCUAGUUUGUAGCAAACUCAUGAUGGGUAUAGGGAAAACCUAUCGAUGUGUUACAUUGAACUGAAUGGAAUAUGAAUGACAGUCAUCCAUCAUGCUGUAAUAGAAAUAAGGCCAUGCUCAUGAAAAAAAUGAUUGUCCUGCCUCAUCAUGAACGGCUCCGGCCGCAACUGGAAUCGACCAAUAGGAAACUCUACAAAAAAUAAUGUAUGUACAUUUUAACUCUGAGAUUAUAAUAUGUUUCGUCACACAAUACGCACACGAACAUUACGGAUGUUUUAGGAAGAGCUACCGACGCAUGUAAAGUUGGGGUAUAUAAAAUACGCCGUGAGAGCGUUUGUGUACAAUCCACUGCAAUGCCAGAAUUGUAAAAAGUUUGGACACGUGUCAAGAGGGAACAGGCUGAAUAUGUUUGUGGCUGAAUCCAUUUUUUUUGGUUAAAGAGUUAUAGUCGAAGCCUUCCCUGUUUCUGGUCCACACUCCAGUCCAGUUGGUGGCGGUAAUGCACAUUAAAGUUGGUUGCCAACCGCCAUAAAAAAAAAAAUCAACAAAAGAAGAAGAAGAAGAAGCAGAAGCAGAAGCGACAUACAGGGAGAGUAACGAGUGAUCAUGGAGAGCUUCUCUCCGCUGGUCCUGUCCAUCGCCGCCACCAGCUUUGUGACGUUCCAGUGUCUGUUCCACUUUGUCAGCCCCUGGAUCUCUGCUCAGUUCUUUCCUGGGUACCACCGUCUCAGUCCCAGACACACCAUAGAGUGGAACUCCAGAACUGUGUCUACAUUGCACGCCUUGAUAGUGGGGCUUUUUUGUCUCUACAUAUUACUUCAUGAUGAUGCAGUCAAUGAAGACCCUGUCUGGGGAGAUCCGUCACUGGUGAAAAUAAAUGUGGCCAUAACCUGUGGCUACCUCCUAUCAGAUAUGCUGCUCAUAUGUUACUAUUGGCGGGCGAUAGGGGACAAGUUUUUUGUAAUCCACCACCUGGCAGCACUGUAUGCUUACUACUAUGUACUGAGCAUAGGAAUGUUGCCUUAUUUUGCUAACUUCCGUCUGGUCGCAGAGCUUUCCACUCCUUGUGUGAAUCAGCGCUGGUUCUUUGAAGUGCUUGGUUAUCCAAAAAGAUCAUUACCAAAUAUGGUCAACGGCAUUGCCAUGACGGCAUCCUUCUUCCUGGUGAGGAUAGCGGUCAUGCCGCUGUACUACAGCCGGAUGUAUGCCGUGUACGGGACGGAACCCUUCUACCGGGUGACCUUUGGUGGCCGCUGUGCCUGGAUGGGCCCCAGUUUCUGUCUAGACAUUAUGAACGUGAUGUGGAUGCAUAAAAUGGCCCGUGGCUGCAUUGGUGUCCUGCGUUCUCCUGGAAAGGUGAAUGUGGAAAAGCAGCAGAAUGGGAAAGUGCACUGAGGGAUAGAAAAAGGCAAUGGUGGUGUUAUUUUAUUGUAUGUCUGCUUCAAAUGGUUCAUGGACGUUUUUGGAUCAAAUGGUUCAUGGACUGGAAAUGUCAUGAGUCCCUAUUAUCCCGUGACCAGCCCUAGGUAAAUUGCCUCCCACUACACUUAUCUGCCCAGAAUACUUACAAUUAAACAAGCGCUAAACUCCUCCACCAUGAUGGGAGGGGACAUUGUAAAAGCCAUUGGACUAUGUCUCCUCUUGGUCAUUACAGUUAGAGAGUAAGUGAAUGGACGGUGUGAUAUCAUGGAUGGAUGGAAACAGACAGACAAAUACUCUUGUCUGCUGGACCCUUUUGUUUCUAAAUUGUUUAUAUCCAAUCAAAGGUGUCUUGUGCAUAUUGCCAAAAUGAUAUGAACGGACAUGGACGAGAAUGGAAGAGGAGCUCACAUAUUUUUACAAUGUUUAUGAAGCUGUAAAGAUGGCUCUUGCACAAAUAUCAUGAGAUAUAUAUAUAUGUAUGAACAAAAAUAACAUAUUUACUUACCUAAUUACUCAUUAAAUCUGUGUUUUCACCAGCAUUAGAAUGUAAAAGAUGUAUAUUAAUCAGACUCCUACUGAAGUCUCUGCUCAGGAGCAUGCUCAUGUUUGUAACAUACAGUAGGCCUAGGAAUUAUCAGUCAUGUGCAUAAAUUAUCAGGGUAGAUUAAGACAAACCAUAGCAAACAUGCCAGAUUGUGUCAUUUUAUCUCUAGAAGUGACCUUACUGAGUGAUUUAUGAUAACAGCCAUGAAAGUGCACUUAUGUCUAACCGACACACACACAGUAGAACUUCACACAAGCAACUUUGCAGAGUUAACAAAUGAUUGAUCAUACUUCAUUAUUAACUGUUGAAACAGAGGUUUGUAAUGUGAAAUCCCUGUUGGAUUUCUGGAUGAGAAUAUGUUAUUUAUCGUGACAUUUACAGCCAUGGUAGUUUUAAUAUUUCAUUUUUUUUUAAACACAUUUGAGUAAUGUACUCUUCUUUGAGUAAGUGAUAACUAAAUGUCCAUAGCUGCUUUAAAUAGUCUUCAGACUUCAGACUAUAUACGUGUUUGCUUGUGUCUGCUGUUGAGAUGUCCUGCUCUCUUGUGGAGACAAUGCGGGACUGCAAACAUUGUAUUUCCCAUUUUGUCAAGACUGAACGUACUCGAAGGGAGAGUACAGUGGGCAAGGCGCAUUGAGCAAUAUUCAUAAACAAAUUAUUGAUGUUAACCUUGGUUUGGUGUAAUUCGGUCAUCACGUUGUUUUGUCUAUACUUAUGGCUACUUUGCCCACCAUUAUUACCUCCAUCUGUUGUAAAAAAAAAUAUUUAAAAAACGUGCUAUUAUGCAUGCGUGUAUUUUGGGGGGAAUUUGAAUUACAUUAAAUACUUUGAUUCACUCACAAUCAUUUAAAAAAGUUAUCCAGAAAACAUAUGUUUAUUUACUGCAGGGGAUGUUGGCACGUUUUUCUCAUUGGGAGAAUCUCAAUUGCAUACUCGUUGCGUACUCUCUCCUUCUCGAAACCCAUUUGAGUUAGAAGGUCAGAGGGGUGGGACCUCUGGCUUUCUCAUCCAAUGGGUUUUGAGAAGGAGGCAAGGAGAGGACGCGAGGAGAAUGCAAUUGAGAUAUAUUUUUGGGGGGGGGCGGAAGGUAGUUUAGUGGUUAGAGCGUUGGGCCAGUAACUGAAAGCAACGAAUUCCUGAGCUGAAGAGGUAAACAUCUGUUGUUCUGCCCCUGAACAAGGCAGUUAAUCCACUGUUCAUAGGCCGUCAUUGUCAAUAAGAAUUUGUUCUUAACUGACUUUCCUAGUUAAAAAAAUAAAAAAAAACAUUCCCUGUAAUGAUCCCAUUUAUUUUGAAACCGGAAUUCGGAUUUUCAGUCGGGGUCGUUAAUGACAUCAUUUGAAAGACCUCUACCAAACCAAAGUAGACAAACAUGUAACCACAGAGUUUACUGUCUUUGAUGUAAUGACACACCACUUCGAUAUCAAAUCAUAGAGAAUGAUUAAUUUUGUCACAUACUCUGCAACAUCGCGUUGCUAUUGAAUAAUUUAAGCUCACUAGUUUGCAGCCCCUACUGGAUUAGUUGUUGAUACCUAGCACUACCUAGCCUGCUUGCUAUUACCAACAUGAGGGCAAGUCUAGCUUUGCUAUUCGGGUCUCCCUGUGGGGGUCUGUUGGCAUGGCCCAGGGAUUUAUUGUACUACUGUGAGGUCACUUCUGCUGAUUUAUUUAAAGGACAAUCUACUCCAAAAUGCAUGAACAUUCAAUUAUGUUCUCUUCCUUUGAAUCGAGGACAGUUUAAUUUUAUCUCCUGAUCUCAAUUUCAUUACCUGCCAAUUAUAUGUUAACCCCCAAAAUAAUUUAGCUAGUGUAACAUUACUGUAUCUUACUUAGCUAACAAUUAUUACACACAUCUUAUUAAUAGGGUUGGCUUCCAGGAUUACAAGAUGGCUAGCUAGUUACCUUGGAGGUUUCUCAGAUGAUUUGAUAAGAAUCUGAGGAAGAUAUGUCAUUUGUUGCCACUUGUCACUCUGAUCUUAAAAGCUUGUUUCAGCAGACAUUAAAGAAUACAAAAUAUAUAGGGGAAACACAGCUGAAUCACGUUGAUACUGUGUGUAGCCAAUAAAUCAUACAACUAGUCCGACGUUAAGUGUUACAGCUUGCGGACUGCGGUUGAUACGACGCUGCUAAUCAGAACAUUUUUGACCAACCUUUACUUACCGAUUUUACAUUUUCAUAAGACACCGUUGUUUUAUAAACGUGUGUCUAGUUGCAAGUGGUACUCCCCAAAAAAUAUUUAGAAUAUUCUACUUUUUGCACGGUACUAGGUAAUCUUAGCUGCCGUAUUUCUCGCAUUUCCAAACAUCUUUGCAGGAACUAGUCAUUUCUAAGCGCCAGGGUCGCGGCCACAUUAAGAAGAGGACACAGUGCGACCCAAACAACACGAACAGAUAUUUUCCUUUUUUCCACACACACAAGAUGACAUUUGUCCCUCAGUACAAAACAUGGAUUUUGUGUGUUUUUUUUAAACAAAAGUUUAUAAGACAACAAUGCCUUCCAAAUCGAGAACAAAGAAAGUAUCUCCAAGUAAAGUUCAGUCGAAAAUCUUCUGAUUACGGCUAAACAGCAGUUUAUGCACAACCUCAGACACAAGCUUUAGCUCUGCCACGGAGGGUCAGUUUACAAGGCUAUUGUUGUUGAUGGUGUUUGCAUUUGUCUAUCUGUUCUCUGUUGUCUGUUUAUAGGCUGUCUUUGUUCCGCAACAUAAGAAUCCCUUAUGUUGCGAUGCGAGACAAAGCUACUUAUAGGCCUACCCCUACCACCAUUAGUUGUUCAACAUCUGAUUCAACAGUUUCCACUUUCAGGGGUGAAUGCUUCUGAUUGUACAAAAUAGGUUCCACCAUCGACACACUGUAUGACAUCAGUGCUUUCAUUUGUUUGUUGUAAUGUAUUUUGGCCUGUCAUCUCAGGUGCAAUAGCACCACCACCAGAAUUCCCUGUGCACAAUGGGUCCGCCCCGUCCCAAGUCGAGACCACCACAACCCCCCAGCAGCUCCAGCAGCAGGAUCGGCACAUCAGAACCGGGCCUAUGAGUUUGUGGAGUGCCCCAUGAAGGCAGAAGACAGAGAAAUGUGUGUCUGACAUUGAAAUGGCAAACAUAAUAUGCAAAGCAGAUAAAUGUUUUUUUUUAGAUGCACUGUGUAUUGUUCUUAAUACUGUAUAAUACAGUACUUGUUACUCCUAUAAGUAUAAUAACUCGGUAAUAAGAUCACUAACGUGUUAUAGACAUAAUAAAAAAUAAAAAAACUGAGGUACUGAA